UGCUGGUUGCAGAAGAUAAACCUGGAAUAGGAGGUGAACCAUUACCUGGUCAGAAGCUGAAACCUAAAUACAGUGUGUUUCCUGAAGGCAUGGGAAGUGAUGCUCCUGCUUGGGUAGCAUUUGACAAGCAGUUACCUUGCCUGAGAGAAGGAAGAGUGGCCUGUUGAGAAGUGUGACUAGGACACAGGAUAGCUGUUCUUGUGUGCUCCUGAGCAAGCUGCUAGCUCUGUCUCCCCAGAUGUAGAAAAAGAGGUUGUGUUUGUCUAUUAGGGUGUUUUAAACUCGCUGUCGUUAGUAUUCAUGGAAGUACUCUGAGGUUCUCAAAGACGUGCUAAAGGAAUACAGACUAUUAACCGGUUGGUUCAGUGUCAUACAGGGAUCUUGGCUAGCUCACUAGAUUUCAAGCAUUUUCAAGCCAUAGUCUGCCAGAUGCUCAUUGAAACAUAGGGAACAGCUAGGCUGUCUUUUUUCAAUGCCUCAGUUUGUCUAAUUAAUCAGGAAUAAAGGUAAUUGAAUAUACUAAAUAGAAUAAUUGCAAAAAAUGAUGUAUGGAUUAGCACUGAUUUGACCCAAAUGUGUUGGGAGGGCAGGAUGGAAACCUUGUUUUAACUAUUGCCUCCUUCCACAUACAUAUGACAGCAAGCAUCCUGGUAGAUAAUACACUACUAAAUAGAUACUUCUUGCACAUUCCCUUAAAAUCGAUCUUGGUGAUUAAACACCAUAAAUGAUACCAAGAAGUGCAAAAUUGUGUAAUGGUUUGCCGAAUUUGAGUUGGGAUCUCCAGACGUAAAGGCCACUGUAGUAAACCACUGAGCACCUCACCUAUGAAGGCUUUUUUUCUUGCAUUAAUGCUAUUGCAAGAGACCAUGAAGACCAGUUGGUAUACUCUCAGAGCUUUCCCCACUCGCCGAAUUGCAGAACCAGAAGUGCCUGACAAAAAUCAAGAGCUAUAUAGAAUCAGACAUUGUAAAAUAUACUUCUACCUUGAAGAUGAUACAAUUCAAGUGAUUGAACCCCAAGUGAAAAAUAGUGGCAUAACUCAAGGAACUAUUGUUCGACGGCAUCGGAUUCCACUUCCACCACCUCAUGAAGAUCAGUUCUAUACUAUAGAUCAUUUCAAUGUCAACAUAGAAGUAAUCCUUUAUGCCCGAAGAUAUAAGAUUAUAGAUUGUGACCAAUUUACAAAAAAUUUCCUGAGGAAGAUGGGAGUUAGAUUAAAUACUCCUACAAGUCGUCCAGAUGAUCCAUAUACCAAAGAGCGGCAAAAGAUUCUGGAUAGUAUGAAGCCAUUGCGCCCUUAUGAGCGCAUUGACACUUUGAAACAAUUUCUGGAGCAUGAUGGACAUGUUUUGCGUUUUUUCUGUGUGUGGGAUGACCCAGAAUCCAUGUUUCAUGACCCACGGGAACUUGUUCUGCACUAUUAUUUGUCCGAUGAUACUAUUGAUAUAAAAGAAAUUACACCAGUAAACUCGGGCCGGGAUGCAGUUCCACUUUUCCUCAGAAGAGAUAAGCUGCCAAAGUAUGCUCCCACCGGACUGUAUCAGCCGGGCACAAUCACCAGUCGUACUGUUCUCAAUGUGUUUGGAAAGUUAGUAGGAAACAGAGGCCAUUACAUUCUGGACAAUCGUAAGACAGGAGCAGUGCAUCAAGAAUUUUACAGAGACAGUGACCUGAAAAUAGGGGCAGUAAUUAAUGUUUGGGGAAGGAAGAUAACACUCUGUGAUUGUGAUGAAUUCACUAAAGAAUAUUACAGGACAAAGUAUGGAAUCAAGGAUUUCACCCCAGUUCUAUAUAAGGCUCCACCACCUCCAAAACCAGAAAAAACAUUUCCUCCUUAUACUGGAUUCGGUUCCGAAGAGGAUUCUCUGUGCUCCUGUAUGGGUCUGCUUCCCAAGCCUCCCCAGAAAGAUUUCAAGGAAUUCAUGGAAAAAGACAGAAGUGGCAAGGAAAGUAACAUACUGCGCUUUCUUGCCAAACUCAUCACAGAUAGUCCUAUUGACAAGGAUCGGAAAUUCAUUAUUUCCUACUUCCUCAGUGAUGACACCAUUUCAGUUUUUGAACAUAUACAGCGAAACACAGGGAUACUUGGUGGGAAGUUCUUGGAAAGAGGUCGCAUUAAGAAGCCUGGGCAGGAGCUCUUUAAGAGUGAGCCAUCUGAAUACUUCAAGGCUCAGGAUCUGUUUGUUGGAGCCAGAGUUUGUUUCCAUGGUCACAACUUUCUUUUGGUGGAUGCUGAUGAGUACACAUUCAACUACAUGGAGAAGCAUGCAAAUGAGUUCUCCGUGGCUGAUAUUGGUGUCAUCCUCACAAAACUGAAAGACAUAGCCGAAUCUCGUUCCCGAGAAAUCAGACAGGUGUUUGCUGCCACUGACCCUGAGUAUACGAAGGUGAUUGAGUAUGACCCUUUCAGAAAUUUGAUAGUCAGUAUCACUGAUGGAGCAUUUUUAGAACACGAAAUUCUGACUGUCGGGCGCUACUAUGGUGUCAGAGAUGAAUAUGAAAUGGACAUCCACUUCCUCCUUGCAGUGGCUCAUGAACAACUAAAGAAAAAUAGCUUUGAGAAUUUUGAACAACUGUCUGCGGUCCUUAUGUACAAUGACCGUGAAAAAUGUGGAGUGCUGCCCCAUGACAUGUGCAGGACUAUUUGCAAGUCCUUCAAGUUGCCACUGGCUGAUGAUGAUCUGCAAGCUUUACUGACCAUGUGUGAAGAUGACCAUAAGCAAGUGGACUAUAAAAAGUUUGUGAAUGGGCUGAACUGGAGAGAGAAUCAAAUCCCUGCAUUCCAGACAAUAAAAGUUCCUCUCAAGAAUGAAGAUGACUGGAGCGGCCAACCACCAUCCCUUCCUGUGAAAGGGAUCAAAUACUUACCUUUUCUGGAUGAUCUGUUUGGCAAGGAAGAAUAAUCUGACCUGUGCAAGGCACUGCUUUUGGAUUAGUGUUUCAGCUCCAAAGCUUACUUAGACAGAUAGUGAAAACAUUCCUUGUAAAAAAAAAACAAAACAAAACAGAUAUUUCUUAUUCCAACAUAGAUGUAUACUUUGUGUGUUGUUGUAACUCCUUCUAAAUCAACAGUAAUCUGUCAUACUUACACAAGCAUAAUUAAAACUAUAUCCUCUAA